AUGCUUAUUGAAGAUCAGUCUCCGUCUGCCCCGAAGCCUCAGCAAGCUUCCUCUUUCUCCAACCUGCCCGAUGCACCUGUCGAUGAGAUCUUCGCUCUUAAUCACGCCUAUGUCGCCGACACCGAUGCCCGCAAGGUGAACCUCGGCAUUGGAGUCUACCGUACUGAAGAGGACCAGCCAUGGCCACUAUCAUCUGUGAGGCUGGUCGAGGAGGAAAUGUAUCGCCAGGACGAUCCCGCGCGCCACGAGUACCUGGCAAUUGAGGGAGACUUGACCUUCCUAGAUCUUGCCAGGGAUCUCAUGUUUGGCUUCAGCUCCGCCUCCUCGGACUCUGAAAACAAGUCAAAGCAACGCAUUGCUUCUGUGCAAACUGUUUCCGGCACAGGGGCUAACCAUGUCGGGGCAGCUUUUUUGGCGCAGCAUUUCAAGCCCAAACACGUAUGGGUGUCAACGCCGAGUUGGGCCAACCACCAGACUAUUUGGGACUUGCAGGGGAUAGAACGCAAGAGCUAUCCUUAUUUCGACGCGUCGACGUGCUCUUUUGACUUCAACGGUGCCAUUACAACGCUUGAGAGCGAGGCUGCCGAAGGAGACGUGGUCCUUCUACAUGCGUGUGCCCAUAAUCCGACAGGUGUCGAUCCCACAAAAGAGCAGUGGAAGAAGAUUGCUGAGAUCUGUCAACGGAAACGCCUCUUUCCGUUCUUCGAUUCCGCAUACCAGGGCUUCGCAUCCGGCUCGGCAGACGAAGAUGCGUGGGCUGUGCGAUAUUUCUUCAACCUCACGAGUCCCCCCAUGGAGAUGUGUGUUGCCCAAAGUUUCUCCAAAAACUUUGGACUAUAUGGUCAGCGUGCUGGCGCAUUCCAUCUCGUCACGAAUGGCGCGAAUCCUUCAGAGGCACCCCUUGUGCGUAAGAAUUUAUGCCACAUAAUCCGUGGUGAAUACUCGAUGGGUCCGCGCUAUGGCAGUUCAAUUGUUAAGAGAAUACUUGGCGAUAGCGCUUUGCGUGCACAGUGGCAGGAUGAUUUGACUAUUAUGAGUUCGAGAAUCAAGCGCAUGCGUCAAGCAUUGUAUGACGAAUUGGUCAGACUAAAAACUCCUGGAUCUUGGGAACACGUCAUCAAUCAGAUUGGGAUGUUUUCCUACACCGGGCUCACAGUGAAACAGGUAUUGGAGUUGAAAUCGGAAUUUCAUAUUUACCUACUCAAGUCAGGGAGGGCCUCUAUCAGCGGAUUGACUGAGAAAAACGUGGCUUACGUAGCUCAAGCCAUCGAUACUGUGGUCAGGAGAACAUGA